GAUAUUUCUGCGCCGCUUUUGACCAUCGGGGCUUGUAUUGUUUCUCAGAUGCUGCUCGGCGAACAGAACCGCAGGAUUUCUGCCUCUUGAGUAUGAGAGGGACCGAAGACCCGUCCGAAAACCACAGCCAGAGCCCAAAACAGCAGCAUGAGCCCGGGAGCCGGAGAACUUUAGAGCCGCUCGGAGCCGCAGAUUCCCGACACGCGGGAGAAGCAGAUUCAGGUCUCCACAGAAUGGAGCGAGAAUGAGCAGAGCGCGGUCGAGAGUGAAGCAUGAACUGGAGGCUCAUUGAAGUCACUUACCUUCUGUUUAUAUGGGAGCAUAUAACAGUUCAGUCUUCCCGCCAGGAGCCCUCGGCCAAUGAACAGCAUGUCAGCAAGCAGUUUGAUUGGCUCAUCUCUGACCGAGGCCCUUUCCACCACUCCAAGGGCUACCUCUCCUUCAUGGAGAGAUUUCGACAAGGAUUCACGACCCGGUAUAAAAUAUAUAGGGAGUUUGCCCGCUGGAAGGUGAGGAACACGGCCAUUGAGAGGCGGGAUCUGAUGCGCAAUCCUCUGCCGCUGAUGCCGGAGUUCCAGCGCAGCAUGCGGAUGCUCGGCAGACGGCCGUCCACACAGCAGUUCAUCGACACCAUCAUUAAAAAAUAUGGGACGCACAUCCUGAUCUCCGCCACUCUGGGAGGUGAGGAAGCUCUCACCAUGUACAUGGCCAAGAACAAGCUGGACCGGAAGAUGGUGAACGCCAGCCAGGGAGUGGAGGCUCUGCACCAGCUCGCGUCCUCGUACUUCAUUGACCGUGACGGCACCAUGAGAAAACUCCACGAGAUCCAGAUCUCCAGCAAUGCCAUCAAGGUGACGGAGACGCGGACAGGUCCACUGGGCUGCAGCACCUAUGAUAACCUGGACUCGGUCAGUUCUGUCCUCCUCCAGAGCCCGGAGAGUAAACUGCAUCUACAAGGUUUGCAGGUGAUUUUCCCCGAGUACCUGCAGGAGAAGUUUGUGCAGUCGGCUCUCAGCUACAUCAUGUGUAACGGCGAGGGAGAAUACAUCUGCCAGAACAGCCAGUGUAUCUGCCAGUGCGCAGACGAGUUCCCACAAUGCAACUGUCCCACCACUGACCUGCAGAUCAUCGAAAACACACUCAUCGGGAUGGCGGAGACCUGGGAGGCUUCAUACAUUGACUUCGAGAGCUCAGAUGAGUUCAAGUCAUUCCUGAAGCGUCUGCCGGCGACACACUUCCUCCCAGUGAGCAGUGUUCAUCUGCUGUGGGGCAGCGACUGGGAUCUCCAGAACCGCUAUCGGCUCCUGCAGAGCUCGCUGGAGGCCCAGAGACUGAAGAUCCAGAGAACGGCACGAAAACUGUUCGGUCUGAGCGUCCGCUGCCACCAUAACCCCAACCACCAGAUGCCCAGAGAGAGAUCGGUGCUGCAGUGGCUGAACCGCGUGCAGUCCUUCCUCUACUGCAAUGAGAACGGCUUCUGGGGAACUUUCCUAGAGAGCCAGCGCACAUGUGUGUGUCACACUGGCGCCACGCUCUGCCAGCGGCCCAUCCCGUGUGUGAUCGGAGGCAACAACAGCUGCGCCAUGUGCAGCCUGGCCAACAUCUCCCAGUGCGGAUCCUGCAACAAGGGCUACAAGCUGUACCGAGGCCGCUGCGAGCCGCAGAAUGUAGACUCGGAGCGCAGCGAGCAGUUCAUCAGCUUCGAAACAGACCUGGACUUCCAGGACCUGGAGCUCAAAUACCUGCUGCAGAAGAUGGACUCGCGUCUGCACAUACACACCACCUUCAUCAGCAACGAAGUGCGCCUGGAGACCUUCUUCGAUCCGCGAUGGCGCAAGCGGAUGUCGCUGACGCUCAAGAGCAACAAAAACCGUAUGGAUUACCUGCACAUGAUCGUGGGACUGUCAAUGAAGAUCUGCCAGAUGCGCAACAGCAGCGUGGAUCCCAUGUUUUUCGUAUAUGUAAACCCAUUCAGCGGCAGCCACUCCGAAGGAUGGAGCAUGCCUUUCGGCGAGCAUGGAUAUCCACGCUGGGAAAAAGUUCGCUUGCAGAAUUCGCAGUGUUUUAAUUGGACGCUGCUAUUGGGGAACCGAUGGAAGACCUUUUUCGAGACCGUGCAUAUUUAUCUAAGGAGCCGUGCGAAGGUGCCGACUGUCCUGCGUAAUGAUAGCGGCCCAGUGGACUUAUCGGAUCCCAACAAGAGGCAGAUCUACAUCAAGAUUUCUGAUAUCCAAGUGUUCGGUUAUAGCGUACGCUUCAACGCGGAUCUUCUGAGGAGCGCCGUACAGCAGGUUAAUCAAUCGUACACGCAGGGAACCCAGUUUUACUCGUCUUCGUCCAUCAUGUUGCUUCUGCUGGAUAUUCGGGAGAGAAUUAACCGUCUGGCGCCCCCGGUGGCUCCGGGAAAACCGCAACUGGACUUGUUUUCGUGUAUGCUGAAACAUCGGCUCAAGCUCAACAACAGCGAGAUGAUUCGGGUCAAUCAUGCGUUGGACAUGUACAACACAGAAAUCUUAAAACAAUCGGAUCAUCUGACUACCAAACUUUGCUGAAAACCGACUGGAAGGACGACGGCGUUUGGGAAAAUACGGCGUUUAAAAAAAAACGGAUCUUUAUAUUUUCGUUCUUCGGUUUUUGCUCUUUUGAUGUAUUAUUAACAACUUUGUAAGUGUUCGAUUGUUAAACCUAAAAACAAACAAACAAACAAACAAACAAACAAACAAACAUACACACUGAAGAAAAACAGAUUCAUUGGAUUAACUAACUUUUUUGUUUUAAGGUAAGUGGUUGCGAACUGUUUAAUGGGGCUGGAUUUAUACGAAUUAAAUUUGGUGAUGUUCAACCUGAUUUGUUUGUUUAAAUUCAACCCAUUUUAAUUGUUUGCAGGGCCACACAGUGCCUCAGUGGUUAGCACUGUGGCCUCACAGCAGGAAGGUCGUUGGUUCAAGUCCCGACUGAGCCAGUUGGUGUUUCUGUGUGGAGUUUGCAUGUUCUCCCCAUGUUGGCGUGGGUUUCCUCCGGGUGCUCCGUUGUCCCCCACAAGUCCAAACACAUGCACUAUAGGGGAAAUUGGGUAAGCUAAAUUGUCCAUAGUGUAUAAGUAUAUGUCCUGGUCCUCCAGGUUGGGGGUUGAGCAUUGGGCUAACAAUCCACCUUGUAAAAUGUAUAUGUUGCGGAACACCAGCAUGGUGCGACUAAAUAUCAACUUCGCUAUAAAACAACCCUACUAAUAAGCAAGUAAGGUUCAACCUAAUACGUUUGUUUAAAUUUAGCCCAUAUUAAUUUGCUUGCCGGGUGACACAGUGGCUCAAUAGUUAGCACUAUGGUCUCACUUCAAGAAGGUCGCUGGUUCAUGUCCCGGCUGGGUCAGUUGGUGUUUCUAUGUGGAGUUUGCUUGUUCUCCCCAUGUUGGCGUGGGUUUCCUCUGGGUGCUACGUUAUCCCCUACAAGUCCAAAGACAUGCUCUAUAGGUGAAUUGGGUAAGCUAAAUUGUUCGUAAUGUAUUUGUCCUGGUCUUCCAGAUUGGGGAUUGAGCGAUGGGCUAAUGACCCACCUU